GCUGUGCCAAUGCGCAAACAGUCCACGCCGUGGGAUAGGUCUCCCCAAAUUGAGGCUGCGCUCGAAACGAUCAUGCGAUUGAAUGACGGGCGCGUCAUGCUUGUCUUCCUUCUCUGCUGUUCGCUGCGAUCAGUGGCUCUGUGUUCCGCAAUCCCCUGGGAUACUGUACCGCCCUCGAUGGCUCUGCUAUCGCCGUUUCGCUCACACUGAAUGGCUGCCUGGAGCAAGGAAAAACGGGGAGAGAGAGCGCUGCGUCUCCUCCUUUGAACCAACGCUCUGCAUCAGCUUCCCAGCGCGGGGACCUUUUGGUGGUGUGCGUAGGCGCACCAUGGCCCAGACCCUCCAGAUGGCGAUCCCAAACUUCGGCAACAACGUUCUAGAGUGUCUGAAUGAGCAGCGGCUGCAGGGCCUCUACUGCGAUGUCUCCGUGGUGGUCAAGGGCCAUGCUUUCAAGGCUCAUCGAGCAGUUCUGGCUGCGAGCAGUUCUUAUUUCCGGGACCUUUUCAGCAGUGGCAACAAUGGCGGAGUUGCCAGCAGCAAUGAGAGCAGCCCAACUGUAGUGGAGCUCCCGCCAGCCGUGCAGCCCCAGAGCUUCCAGCAGAUUUUGUCUUUCUGCUACACAGGCCGUCUCAGCAUGACGGUGGGGGACCAGUUUCUCCUCAUGUAUACUGCUGGCUUCCUGCAGAUCCAACAGAUCAUGGAGAAAGGCACUGAAUUCUUCCUCAAGGUAUCCUCCCCCAGCUGUGACUCCCAGGGUCUUCAUGGAGAGGAGGCCCCGCCUUCAGAGCCCCAGAGCCCGGUAACGCAAACCAGUAACGGUGCAGCUCGGCCCACCUCCUGUCUGACGCCGCUCCCACUGGUAUCACGAGUUAAGAUGGAGCAGCCAGCGAGCCAACCAGAAGCAGCCACUCCUUACUCUGUGGUUUGCACUCCUGUAGCCAAGCGACUGUGGGAGGGGGGAAGCACCCGAGAUGGAGGUGGUGUAGGCUCGGGAGGAGGAGGGGCCAGAAAGGCAGCCCGUUAUUCCCAGGAGGCUGUGCGGGGUAGUGCUAUCCAGAGCCCUGGAGCCCUCGGACUGGCUGUGGGUAUGGGUGCCACCACAACCAGCCUCGCGGGAAUGAUGACCAGUGGUGGUGCCAGCACCAACGGAAACUCUGCGGCAGGGCUUGUCAUGUCAGAGGGCGCCAGUCCUGGCACCCUCAGUACCUACGCUAGUGACUCACCUAUCAGCUACCAUGAUGACGAAGAAGAAGAAGAGGGGACAGAUGAAAGUGCUGAGGAGCAGUACAGACAAAUUUGCAACAUGUACACCAUGUACAGUAUGCUCAAUAUGGGAGCUGCAGCUGCUGGUGAGCGCGUUGAGGCUCUACCGGACAACGCAGAAACACGUGGUCGGAUGCGAGGCCGAGAUCUUUCAUGUCUUCCCGCGGAACUCAUUGCACAGAUAGGCAACCGCUGUCAUCCCAAACUGUACGAGGAAGGAGACCCUGCUGAGAAACUAGAGUUAGUCUCAGGUACUUCUGUGUAUAUAUCACGAGCUCAGCUAAUGAACUGUCAUGUGAGUGCAGGGACCAGACACAAGGUGCUGCUGAGGAGGCUGCUGGCUGCCUUCUUUGACAGGAAUACUCUGGCCAACAGCUGCGGGACAGGCAUUCGCUCGUCCACCAACGACCCGAGCCGCAAGCCCCUGGACAACAGAGUGCUCCACGCGGUCAAAUUUUAUUGCCAGAACUUUGCAACCAGCUUCAAAGAGAGCGAAAUGAACGCCAUUGCAGCCGACAUGUGCACCAACGCCCGACGCGUGGUCCGUAAGAGCUGGAUACCCAAGCUAAAGCUACUGAUGGCGGAGAGUGACGCCUACUCUGCGUUCCUUCCCGAUGGUGUCAAGACAGAGGAAGACACCCUCGGGGCGGAUCCAACCUUCGACCCGCCUCAUUGGAGUCUGCCGGUGGUGCUGGCAUGGAGUCCGGCGGCUCUUCAGGUGAAUCAUUACCUGGUGUAGGUGGGGAUGGAGGACCGUUAUUUUGAACAGUUGGUGACGCACAUACCAGUAUUCCCCAGUUGCGCUUGCUUCCUCACUCUUUGGCCCACACUGAUCUCUCACAUUUUGACUGUCUAUACUACACUGUUAGGGUCAACAGUUGUUGCCCUGAUGUAACCAGGACUUGAAAACCUAAAUUUUUGCUUUAUGACUGUAUAAUGGACGUAAUCAAGGAAAGGGAGGGCAUAAGAGGGUCUUUAGUUGUCUCCUAACUGCCCUCUGCCUCCCCUUGUCUUUUUAAGGUGUGUAAGCGCAUCCACUGUUGCAUAUUAAAUACAUUCCCUGAGGUGCUGGUGGUUUUGGGGCAGGGGAGAGGAGUUACCAGUGCAGCUUGGGGAGGAAGAGAUGGCUGGAUGGACAGAUUUCCAGGAGUAGAAGUGACGGGUAUAUUGAAUGUAAGUGUCGGUGGCAUUUUUCUCUAUGCAAACCUGACAACUUGUAUUCCAGCCUCGGGAAAGAAACUAAAUUUUAAAAAAAGAAAAAAUAGAUACCUUAUUAAAACAAAGUAACACUACCUGUUCUUCCUCACCUUACAUCUUUCACUGAUCACCCUGCAAGUAUUCUACAACCUCACCUCACCUUUCUUGAGACCAGAGAAUCUCACCCGUGUUUCACUGUGUGCUGUCUUACAGAAAUAUCUCAUUCUGCCUCUGUUUUCUAAUUUUCUUCGCAUGUUUCUCAGUCUGUAAACUGAAAAGUGAUCCAGAAAGAAGGUGAAAGCUUUUUACUUAGAAGAUUGUAAAGGGAAAAAAAAAAUUUGAAGGGCAACAGGUAAUCAAAAAUGGUCAUAUUUUUAGAAGACAAAACUAUAUUUAUACAAGUGCCCAUGCCUAGAAUGGUGUGAGCAGAGAGAGUGAGAGGGAUUGUUUUAAAAUCUCAGUAAUCAGCUUUUAUUGAAAGAGGGCUUGUCAAAUAAGGAAAAUUGCUAUUUUUGCAGGAGUAUAAUAAUAAUGAAAGGAGUCUUAUCAUAGGAGCCUCAUUUAUUUUUAUCCUUAUUUUACAGUGGAAGUGAUGGAAUGAGCAGUUGAACUGCUAAAUUUGACACAUUUCAUCUUUUGUUCACUAUCUUUAAAGGAAUAAUAAGACUGCUUCCGCUGGCACGACUGUGACUGUGAUUACCAUUUCUUGUAAGGUUGUGAACCUGCAACAUUUGCCUCCUUUGAUAAAACAUUGGCCCACAGUUUUGAAGAUUACAUUUGGACAUUUAUAGGUUACAUCUUUCUGACAGUUCUGCUAGUUUAGUCUUCGAAGUGAAAUGAUUAAAAGAAGAGGGGGAAAAAAAAAAAAAUGAUGAUCACAGAAAAUAAUUGUUAAUGAGGCGGUGUGUCUCUUUUAAAUCUUUACAUUAGUAAACAAACUGGUGGGCACAGUGAAGUCAUAAGGAAGCAAUACUUCUUGACGCAAAAAGGUUUUAUGGUACUAUAUCUGUGUGUGUCUGUGUGUGUGUGUGUGUGUUCGACAUAGUUCUCUGGUAAGAAAGCCAAGUCUGUAUUGUGCAGAUAUGUCUCUGGUGUGUGGCUUAUUCAUGUAUGCAAUGCACCACCUCUUUAACCAGGAAAUUCAAAAUGAGUUUUAUUUUGAAGUUUGAAAUGAUUUUGCACCUUCCACGAGCGAUAAGAGUGGUGGUUUCUGCACCUUAUUGAGAAGAACUAGUGUUUCAUGCACCUUUUGAGAACUGUUGUGUAGCAAUCAAACCCCUUUAGGUGGAAUUUUUGUCUUUUUUUUUUUUCCCAUGCCUGCCUGUAUUUGUUGUUUUUCAUAGUGGCACAAACUCCUACUGUAAAUAAUCAAGAAGACUGUUGAGUUGAAUCCCAAGUGUUCUUCUUUUCUGUUGCUAAAUGUGUCUGAUUAAGAAACGUCAACAACUGACCUUUUGUAUGUGGAAGUCGGUGUUUGCUAGAAACCUGUUUGAAUGCAUGUUAAUCUGUAAGACGGAGGGUAGCACAGGGGAUUCAUUCUUACGUUUGCAGGCAGAAAACCAUAAAAAUAGUCGGGGUCUGACUUGGAAUGUGUUCUUAACCUGAAAUGCUCUCAGACAUCUGAUUGCUUUCUCUUUCAGGAAAUGUUUUUCCAUAAAGGUUCUAUUUUUGUGAAGACAGGUAGAGUUUGAAAACCAGGAAAAGGUUGAUGCUUCCUAUUGAAGGCAGUUAAGUCUGAAACUGCUCUGUCUUACUGAAAAAAAAAAAAAAAACUAGUGGUAUGAUGGAUACAUUCUAGUGCAGCAUAUUUUCAUUAUUGUUUAAAAUUCUAGAAUGGUUUAGGUGGGAGAUACACUAUAUGGAUGAAACAAAAUGCAGUACCUUGUGAGUAUUCAUUAAGGGUAAUAACAAAAAACCUCAGUUUUGCAUUUGACUGUAGAUGCCACAUGAGCACCCUCCCCCACGUACCUCAAGUAUCUUUGAAGACUGUUGUGCUUCCUGUCCCUUAUGCAGCUGGUGUCAUGUUUCACUCCUACAAGUUUAUUCAUGCGUUUCAUAAAGGCAAAGUAGUGGUUUAUGUAAUUUGAUCUGAAUUAUAAUAUGUAGCUUUAAUUUGUUUAGUGGUUUUCAAGCAAUGUUGUUUCACAUUCUUUUAAGUAAGACUAUUAUUUUUAAAAAAUUGCCAGACUUGCCAGGUUUGUUAAAGUUGCCAUAAUCAGCUGAAAGGUUUUUAUUGCAUGAUGUUACACAGAAGAUCUGUCUGACAUCAUGACAGUGAGUCUCCAAAUACGAUAAAAUAUGAAAAAUUAAGCUUUUAACGUGAGAAACACGUUUGUUAUUUCCCACAGUAAUCAUAUUACUCAGUGACCCACUGAUUGAUUGAUUGUAUUGAGUCACUGACAGGAGCUCGGCUACCACUAGUGUAUCGGUGUUGACUCUAAUGAAGCAGCAGCCCAGCCCGUAUACGAAAAUGUCCCCACUGCACCAUUGACCUAGUAAGAUUGUGCUGCCAUUGCACCUCAAAAGCCUACUACAUAUAAGCACUGGUUAGGGCCCGUGUUGCGAUCAGUUCAACAAGUUCAGUUGAAAUAAAGUGCGGUUACGGGACAUUUCAGGGGUUUCACCUUUUAGGAAAAGUUCAUUGACAGCGAAAAACUCCCUCGUUCACAACUUACUUGCUCAGUCCUCCAUCAUCACUAGGUGUGUGGGUGUUACUCUGUUUUAACUUGUGUUCAUUUGAGAGCUCUCAUGCUUUUUUUUUUUUUUUUUUUUUUUUAAAUUGCACAUCCUGAGCAAUUUCUCUACCUUUCAGCAUAUGUGUUUACACUUAGAAAAUAUGUAGACCUACACACUUGAAUGGAUAAGGUGUGGCAUGGCAUUGGGAACCUUUUGUCAUUAAACAGUACAUAUAUAAAUAUGAUUAUAUACAUGUAUAGAUAAAUACUGUAUAUUAUAUAUAGACGCACACAUAGACUGUUUGUUGUGCACUCGCAGCAUGAGGUAUAUAUUUACCCAGAUACAACGCUUCUCUUCACAACCUGUGCAGUAAUUGGUCUGCCCAUGUCUUUGCCCCUGCUCUUUGCCCUCUGUAACCCUGUAGCACCAGUGGACCUCCCGUACUGCUCAUCCUCCUCUUUCUGUGUUCCAAGUGCCAAUAACUUUGUGAAAGCCCUGUAACUGUGACCCAACAUUAUCAAAGGUAAUUGCACAUUAACAACUUUAAGACAAAUGAAUACAAAUCAUAGAGAAAAUGUCAAAAUGGAACAAAUAAUGAAUAUCUUAAUAAAAGAUUUGUAACAAUUUC